UAUACAGAUACAUAUAUAAUUAAUGAAUUAUAAGAUGGAUUUCUCACAGUUUUCUGACUUCAUAUGAACUAAAUAUUAACAGAGAAGCAGAUUAAUCAUCAGUGAAACAUCCUCAUCGUUAGCAGAAAGAGUUUCAGUUGAGAUAAUUUGUGUUUUUAUGAACUUCAGCUCAUUUAUUUUGCAUAAUAAGUUACUAUAAUAACCGUCGACCCUCCAGACAGUUUAUAUUUGAUAAUAUAUCUGAUUGUUUGAUGUUCUGAACUGCUGCAGGUGAAACUCCAGCUGGUAGUUUAUGAACCUCUGGUGGAUCAGGUCCAGUUAGUCUUUUAAUAUUUUAAUAAUCAGUGUUUAUGAACAUGAAUCUUGAUGUGUGGUUGUGUUUCAGAUCUUUGAUAACAUCAUGAUGGAUCCAUCGUGGGAGUUCCCUCAUUUCACUGUGAUGCCUCAGAACAGCUCGCUGAGGACAGUGGAUGGACCCUUCCUGCAGAUCCUGGAGCAGCCCAAACAGCGGGGCUUCAGGUUCCGGUACGGCUGUGAGGGUCCGUCCCACGGUGGUCUACCAGGAGCCUCCAGCGAGAAGAACAGGAAGACCUACCCCACCGUCAAGAUUGUGAACUACCAGGGUCCGGCCCGGGUGGUGGUCCAGCUGGUGACGGCUCUGACCCCCUUCCCUCAGCUCCACGCCCACAGCCUGGUGGGGAAACAGUGUGACAAAGGGAUCUGUGUGACGGAGCUGCAGCCCAAAGACUCCUCCAUCAGCUUCCCUAACCUGGGGAUCCUCCACGUGACCAAGAAGAACGUGGCGAAGACUCUGGAGGAGAGGAUGAUGGAGGCCUUCAGGCUGGGAUACAACUGUGGAGUCACCAUCCACCCCGAGGUGGACGCCCUGCAGGGGGAGGUCCGGGCCCCCCGGGACCUCUCAGACCACCAGCGCUCUGUGAUCAGCAGCACGGCGUCCCUGCAGGCUAAAGAGAUGGACCUGUCUGUGGUGCGUCUCAUGUUCACAGCCUUCCUCCCCGACAGCGACGGAGGAUUCUCCAGGCGGCUGGAGCCGGUCGUCUCCGAGCCCAUCUACGACAGCAAGGCUCCCAACGCCUCCAACCUGAAGAUCGUGAGGAUGGACCGAACCGCCGGCUGCGUGAGCGGAGGAGAGGAGGUCUACCUGCUCUGUGACAAGGUCCAGAAAGAUGAUAUCCAGGUUCGGUUCUAUGAAGAAGACGACUCGGGGUUAACCUGGGAGGCUCUGGGAGAUUUCUCCCCCACAGACGUCCACAGACAGUUCGCCAUCGUGUUCAAGACGCCGAAGUAUCGAGACCAGAACCUGCAGAAACCGAUUUCUGUCUUCGUCCAGCUGAAGAGGAAGUCUGACAACGAGACGAGCGACCCCAAACCCUUCACCUACCACCCCCAGAUCAUAGAUAAAGAGGAGGUGCAGAGGAAGAGACAGAAGACGUUGCCAAACUUCCAGGACUUCAGUGGUCACGGAGGAGGAGGAGGUCUGUACCGAGGAGGAGGAGGAGGAGGUCCUGCUGCAGGAGGAGGCCCCGGCUCUGCAGGAGGAGGAGGAGGAGGUUACUUCCAGGGAUUCACCACCUACAACUACAGCGCAGCAGGAGGAGCAGGAGGAGUCGGGGGAGGAGGAGGAGGAGGAGGGGGAGGAGGUUUCCCCACGGGGUACUCGGCUGGGCUUGGAGGAGGCGCAGCCAUCAAACACGCGUCUGGGGGCGACGGCGCCGCAGACGACAGCGGCGAUGACCCGGGCGGCGACUCGGGGUCAGAGGUCGUCCUGAGAGCUUCGGCCCAGCUGGGAGGUCUGGGGGCGGGGCCGAGCUCUGAGGGGGGAGGGGCCAGUCUGGAGGAACCACACACAGAUGAGCAGCUGUCCGAGGCCACCAGCAGGCAGCUGGACGCUCUGUUCCAGUACUCGGUGACAGGUGACUCGGCGUACCUGCUGGCUGCUCAGCGCCCCCUGAUGGCGGCUCAGGACGAGGACGGAGACACUGGGCUCCACCUGGCCGUCCUCCACAGCCAGCAGGAGGCGCUGAGGAGUCUGACUCAGGUCGUUGCUGCUCUCCCUGGAGAGGAGGUGCUCAACAUGAGGAACCACCUCUACCAGACUCCUUUGCACCUGGCUGUGAUCACCCAGCAGAGGGAGGCGGUCGAAGCUCUCCUAUUGGCCGGCGCCGACCCGACUCUGACUGAUCGCCACGGCAACACGGCGCUCCAUCUGGCGUCCCAGCUGGGAGGAGGAGGAGGAGGAGGAGGAGGAGGAGGAGGAGGAGGAGGAGGAGGAGGAGGAGGGAUGGUCCAGGUUCUACUGAAGCACCAGGAGGUCAGAGAGCUGCUGGACCUCACAAACACAGCAGGUCUGUGUGCGAUCCACCUGGCGGUGCGGUCCAAUCAGCUGGCGUCUCUGCGGGAGCUGCUGGGGGGCGGAGCCAGCGUGGAGGCUCAGGAGCGCAGCAGCGGGCGGACGGCGCUCCACCUCGCCACCGAGGACGACAACGUGUCGCUGGCCGGCUGCCUGCUGCUGGAGGGCAACGCCAAGGUGGACUGCCUCACCUUUAACGGCUCCACCCCCCUCCACAUCGCUGCAGGACGAAGCUCCAUCAAGCUGACCGCCCUGCUGAUGGCUGCAGGAGCUGACCCUCAGAAGGAGAACUUUGAGCCUCUGUUCUUCAGAGAUGAUGACUGCUGUGAUGAAGAGGAGGAGGAUGAAGAUGAAGGCUACAUCCCAGGCUCCACUCCUCUCAGCGUGGCCUCCAGCUCUCAGGUGUUGGAGCUGCUGAACGGUAAAGAAUACGAACCAAAGUCUCCAAACAGGAACUUCACUCCUCCUCAAGGGGACCUGUCCAGUCUGAACUGGGAGGUGAAGCAGCAGCUCUGUGGAGCUCUGGAGAGUGAAGGAUGCUGGGAGAAUCUGGCUCACAGUCUGGGGUUAGGGAUCCUCAACACGGCCUUCAGGCUGAGCCCCUCCCCCUCCAAGACCCUGCUGGACAGCUACGAGGUGUCAGGGGGGACGGUGUGUGACCUGCUGGCUGGUCUGAGGUCAGUGGGGGACUGCAGAGCGCUGAGCGUCCUGGAGGAGGCGCUGCGUCGCCAUGACGACGAGGAGGAGGAGGAGGAGGAGGAGGAGGAGGAGGCGGCCAAGGAGUCGAGCGGUGAGUGUGGUCACGUGAGCGUUAGUCAGAGCGCCGGCCUGGCGGCGUGGAGUCACUCAGCUGUUCCUCCGUCUGCAGGAGAAGCUCUCCACCUGAAGGUGGACGUCCGGGUCGACAGCGGCGUCUGUGACAGCGGCGUGGAGCUCUCCACGGCGUGACCGCCUGCUGCCACGGCAACGGGAGGAGCACACAACAUCCAUCCAUCAUUUAUCAUCCAUCAUCAUCAUCAUCAUCAUCAUCAUCAUCCAUCCACCGAUCGAUGAAUCAGCUGAUCGAUCGCUCCGGGCUGAGCUGAGGAAAGUUUCUCCUCACAAGCAUUUUAACUGUUUUUUUUUAUUUUUAUUAAAUGUUUAUUUUUUAACCUGACGAGACAGAAAAAAAGUGUUUGUGAACUAAAAUAUACGACAAGCUGAACAUUUUGUUCUGGUCCUCUGUUUCUGGUCUCUGGAAACAGGGUCAGAGUGAGACCUCCUGGUUCUAGUUCUGUCUUUCUGGUUUCUGGAAACAGGGUCAGAGUGAGACCUCCUGGUCCUUGUUCUCUGUUUCUGGUUUCUGGAAACAGGAUCAGAGUGAGACCUCCUGGUUCUAGUUCUGUCUUUCUGGUUACUGGAAACAGGAUCAGAGUGAG